AUGAAUGUUGGCGAACACUUCAAAGACAUUGUGGGUAGCGCUUAUUACAUUGCUCCAGAAGUGUUGAAGAGAAACUAUGGACCGGAGGUCGACAUAUGGAGUGUUGGUGUCAUGCUUUAUAUCCUUCUUUCGGGUGUUCCUCCUUUCUGGGCAGCAGAAUCGGAGACGGGCAUUUUCAAUGCUAUAUUAAGGGGGCACAUUGACUUCUCAUCCGAUCCAUGGCCUUCAAUCUCAAGCGGAGCAAAGGAUCUCGUGAUGAAGAUGCUCAACUCGGACCCCAAGCAAAGGCUCACAGCAGCUCAAGUGCUAAGUCAUCCAUGGAUCAAGGAGGAUGGUGAUGCACCUGAUACACCUCUUGACAAUGCUGUCCUCAACAGGCUCAAACAGUUCAGAGCUAUGAAUCAAUUCAAAAAAGUUGCUCUUCGGGUCAUAGCCGGCUGCCUGUCAGAGGAAGAAAUCAUGGGACUCAAAGAGAUGUUCAAAGGCAUGGACGCCGACAACAGUGGAACUAUAACCCUUGAGGAGUUAAAGCAAGGGCUGGCCGAGCAAGGCACAAAGCUAUCUGAAACAGAAGUCAAACAGCUCAUGGAAGCUGCUGAUGCCGAUGGGAAUGGGACCAUAGACUAUGAAGAAUUCAUCACGGCAACAAUGCACAUGAACAGAAUGGACAGGGAAGAGCAUCUCUACACAGCUUUCCAGUAUUUCGACAAGGACAAUAGCGGGUACAUCACAAUAGAAGAGCUCGAGCAAGCGCUCAGAGACUUUGGAAUGGGUGAUGACAAGGACAUUAAAGAAAUCAUCUCUGAAGUUGAUGCUGAUAAUGAUGGCCGGAUCAAUUACGAUGAAUUUGCAGCCAUGAUGAAGAAAGGUAAUCCAGAAAUAGUAGCGAAUACAAAGAAAAGGAGGAGUGGAGUCUUCACUUCCUAG